AUGGAGGAAAGUAAUUUGAAAGGUCAUCGGCACAAAAAAAACAAAAUUAUGCUUCUACCGAUGGACGGUGCAGGUCAUGUUUUAAGCUUACUUGGCUUGGCAUUUUAUUUUAAACAAAGAUUUCAUGGGCCAUUUUUUGUUGUAACGAAACCUUUCAAGAAAUACUUGGAAGAUACUCCUUUUAAAGUUAGAGAACUAGACAAUCCUGCCUACAAAGACGAUGAGGAUCCACAAAAAAGAUGGGCUACAGAAAUGCUCAGAGACUCAUACUUUUUUCGCAAAAAACCUGAAAAUCAAUUAGAGUUACAAGUAAAAUAUUAUACUGAUUUUGUGAAUAAUGUUAUGGCCGUGAAUGAUCAAAUAGCUGCGAUAAUAAAAGAAGAAAAACCUGAAUUAAUCUUAGUGGAUUACUAUGUAACCGUUCCUGCUGUAGUAACUUCUGGUAUUCCUUGGAGUUGUGUCGUUUCUAGCAAUCCGUUGUGCAUUUAUCGAGACUUAUACGGUCCACCAAUGUAUUCUGGUUACGGUUUUGGAGCUGCCAAGUCAAAAUGGAGAGUUUUUAAAGAAGAUUUUGAUGCGGCAAUAGCACCGGUCGCUAAAGUAUUGGCCGACUUUGCACGACCUCGAGGAGUUAAUCUUCCAGAAGGCGUACUGUGGAUGCCACCAGAAACUUGCAACAUUUAUAUUUACCCAUUUGAGUUUGAUUACAUUGAAGUAAGUAGAAAACCUCCGAAAUACUGGACAAGAGUUGAUCAUUUUCUUCGACCUCCUGCUAGAGCACCGUUCGGUUUCCAGUUGACUUGGUUACAAGCUGAUUUAAAGAAAGUUUAUUUCACUCUCGGCACUAUGGGUUCAGCAGAUGUUAUCUUGAUGGACAAGUUGUUGAGAAUUUUUGCGAAAACGCCUCAUCAAUACAUAAUCUCGAAAGGGCCCAACCAUGAUAAGUUGUUAUUGCCUCCCAAUUGUUCCGGCAGUCAAUUUAUUAAUCAACCAGCUGUAAUUCCUUUAGUAGAUCUGGUUAUUUUCCAUGGCGGCAAUAAUACUCUUGUUGAAUCCUUUUUCCAUGGUAAACCAAUGCUCGUUUUACCUUUGUUUGGUGAUCAAUUUGAUAAUGCAACUCGAGUACUCGAUAGGGGAUUUGGAUAUGCAUUUAGCCCUUACGACUUCGAUGAAAAUUUAUUUAUCAUAGCAAUUAAUGAUUUACUUGCUGAUGACACACUGAAAAAAGACCUUAAAAAGUAUUCACGUCGUAUGAGGCGUACGCGAACAGCCCAACGAGCUAUCGUGUUGCUUGAAGGACUGGCAGAAACAGGUGAAGAAAUUGUUGUUGUUGAUUGA